CAGCCUCCCCGCCUUCCUCACCUCUUCGCCGGCAAACCACAUCUCUCGCCGCAAGCAGCGGCAUCCUUUCUGAGUUCUAGAAUCUGUGGCAGACCAGAGAUUGAAUUCCAACAUGGCUGCCUUCGCCCCGCCUCCGCUUGCUUCCUCCUCAUCCUCUAAGCUGCAGACGGUACAAAGCUCAGCAAUGGACGCUGCCAGAGGCCAAGGCAUGUCCGCAACAGAGAUGGAGAGGCUAGGAAACAUGUUCUGCGUGGUGUGCGCCAGUAACAACAAUCGGUCGAUGGAGGCACACAAUGUCCUGAGCGCAAAUGGCUUCAGAGUAUUCUCGGCAGGCACAGGAUCAGCUGUAAGGCUACCUGGCCCAGCCAUUGACAAGCCUAACAUCUACACGUUCGGUACACCUUACGACGACAUGUACCGAGACCUGAAGUCGCAAGACGAACGGCUCUAUACACUGAAUGGGAUCUUGCCCAUGCUUGACCGCAAUAGGAAGAUCAAGAGGGCGCCGGAAAGAUGGCACGAGGGAAGGGGCACUGCUGAUGUGGUUAUCACCUGUGAAGAGAGAUGCUUCGAUGCAGUCGUAGAGGACCUACUCUCACGCAAUGGCGAGUACAGUCGACCAGUGCACAUCAUCAAUGUUGAGAUCAAGGACAACCAUGAGGAGGCCCUUCUAGCCGGCAAGGCGAUUCUGGACCUCUGCCGGGCUCUCAAUGCUUCGAGCAAUCUGGACGAAGACAUAUCAGGGAUAGUGGAACAGCAGAUGAAGAGGCAUCCCCAUCCUCUUUUGCACACGAUUUGCUUCUACUGAGAAUAAUCGGACUCGGUUCUCCCUUGGAUCUCUCAUCAAGAACAUAAACACAAUGAUACCCUCAGACUGCAUCACAGUGCCACGGACAGCAACACGGGAGCAAACCAGCAUCUUUAUGCCAGGGAAAGGUUGCAUUGACUCUUUCGACACUGUAGCUCACAACUUGGCCUUGUCCUGCUCCGGGUCUUCUGCUCUCAAUUCCUUUGCCAGGACACGGAGGUCCUUACGCAGAAUCUUUCCACUAGCCGUCUUUGGAAUCGCGUCAAGG